CUGCGUCUUGUUUCUUCGGUCACACGUUAAUUCUGUGAGAAUCAUCCCAACUUUCUUACUCAAUUAAAGCCGCUGUCAUUGAAAGAAAAUGUCCGCUGACAACGACGAGACUCGGCAGAGGUUGAAGGCAGCAGUCCAUUAUGCGGUGGGUCGCAUGUGUCAGAAGACAGGGGAGGACCACCGGAGAGAGUUCGACCGACAAGUCAUCGCAGCGAUAGCUGAGACCACAUUCAGACAAUGCGAUAUAUUUGCUAAAGACCUGGAGGCCUUUGCCAGGCAUGCUAAAAGAAGCACGGUGUCUUCAGACGACGUAAAGCUCGUAGCCCGUCGUAGUACUGCACUGUCCAUCUACAUACAAAAUAAAAGUGAAGAACUGAACCAGGAGCAGAGGGAUUUGAAAAAGAAGAAUACUGGGAAGAGGAAGAGCAGAGACACGGAGGAGAGCAGAGAAUAAGGACAAGACACAGGCAGACCUGUAGUGUCUCACUUGUGCCCAACAUUCAAAUAAACAUUAAAGCUGACCAAUACAUGACGAUUAGUUAAGUGUCAACCGUGCCAGUCACUUUAUGGUAAUUAUGCAUUUUAACUAUCAAGGAUUCCACAGAAUUAAAUCUCAACACUUUCUGAAAAUUGAGGAAAUAACUUGACUUAGUCGUGGGUCCUGUUGAUGCAAUGUCAUCGUAGUGCAUUGACACUAGUAUGACAUACAAUAAAGAUGUGUAAUCGGAUUAUAAAGUACAAUGCUUUGUCAAAACUGCACAAACUCUGCAAAAUUAUAUACUUACCUUGUUUUCUUUUUCAAAUGAUCUACAUAUUUUACACUAGGAAAUUGCAAAUAUAGCUAGUCAGGCAAACUAUCCAUUAUGUACACCCAGUGCCCACUUUAUUAGGCACACCUGUAUAAUACAUUUAAUCCAAUAAAUCCUUCUGUUUACUUUUCUAA